AUGGAUAGCAAAAAUUUCACUCAAGUAAAAGAGUUUAUUCUCCUGGGGUUCACCACAGACUUGUGGCUACAAAGAAUUCUGUUUAUCAUCUUCCUUGUCAUUUAUGUCAUCAGUCUCCUUGGGAACAUCACGUUGAUCUCUCUGAUCUGUGUUGACUCUCGACUCCAUACGCCCAUGUAUUUCUUCAUUGGAAAUCUAUCCUUCCUGGAUCUCUGGUAUUCUUCUGUCUAUGCUCCCAAAAUCCUUAUGACAUGCAUCUCUGAAGACAAAAGCAUCUCCUUUGCUGGCUGUCUUGCUCAGUUCUUCUUCUCAGCCGGACUGGCUUACAGUGAAUGUUACCUAUUAGCUGCAAUGGCUUAUGACCGUUACAUUGCCAUCUCCAACCCUCUGCUCUAUACCCAAGCCAUGUCCUCAAAGUUAUGCACUGGUCUUGUUGCAACUUCAUAUCUUGGAGGGUUUCUUAAUUCAACCAUUAUUACCAGUGAGACGUUUACUCUGAGUUUCUGUGGUAAUAACAUCAUCGAUGAUUUCUUCUGUGAUCUUCCUCCCCUCGUCAAGUUGGCUUGUGAUGUCAAGGAGAGCUACCAGGCUGUGCUGUACUUCAUAUUGGCCUCCAAUGUCAUCACCCCAACUGUGCUCAUUCUUGCUUCUUAUCUCUUCAUCAUGGCUGCCAUCCUGAAGAUUCGCUCCACCCAAGGUCGUCUCAAGGCCUUCUCCACUUGUGGCUCUCACCUGACAGCUGUCACUCUGUACUAUGGUUCAAUCCUCUUCAUUUAUUCCCGACCGAGUACCAGCUAUGCCCUGGAAAGGGAUAAAGUGGUGUCGGUGUUCUAUACUGUUGUCAUUCCAAUGCUGAAUCCUUUGAUUUAUAGUUUACGAAAUAAGGAUGUUAAAGAUGCCCUGAGGAAAGUCAUAGAAAGAGCACAGCUUUUGUAA